CACUCGAAGUGCUAAUAUAGAUCGAGGUGGUUGUGGUGGAGGCAUGGUCCAGACAUCAGACUAGGGGUUUGCUAUUCCCUUCAGUCAUACUCAUCCGGUUGGAUUUAACUUCGAAUAUUGUGUAGACAAUAACCAAAUCUACUAUAGAAAAAGUAAAAUUAUUAUCACAAAUCUGUUAAGAAAUGUUGAGUCAGCGUAAAUCAAAAUUGUGAGUGGAGUCAUGACAUGCUUGGGAAAUGAAUUGGUCCUAUACCAGGGUUUCAAUUGCAUAAAUCAGACUUCUCCUUCAACAUUUUUUUAGGAAUCACGCGCCUCUACUCCGGGUUUAACAAAAACUAGCAUUACUCACUAGGUCUGCGAUGGGUGCCCCUAAGCAGAAGUGGACAUCGGAAGAAGAAGCUGCUCUUAAAGCUGGCAUUCAAAAAUAUGGAAUGGGAAAAUGGAGUACUAUUCUUAAAGAUCCAGAGUUCACCACAGUCUUGCGGUCACGUUCUAAUGUGGACCUUAAGGAUAAGUGGAGAAAUCUGAAUUGCAUGGCAAAUGGUCUUGGAUCCCGCCAUAGGGCUAGGGUUUCUAUUAAAGGCAGUCAGCUUACCCCCAAGCGAGAGGAGGACACUACGGCUAGUAGCAUGGUGGUGGAUAAGGAUGAAGUUCUUGGUGUAACUUCUAUUGCAGUGUCCAAUGAAAUAUCCCAGGAUGUAAAAUUCAAGAAAAACAUAUCAAGGAUGGAUGAUGUUAUUCUGGAGGCUAUAACAAAGUUAAAGGAACCUCGAGGAUCUAGUCGGCCUGCAAUUAUGCAAUAUGUAGAGGAAAAUUACUCAGCCCUUCCAGAACUUGAGAGGACUUUGGCUGCAAAUUUGAAGAUUUUGACAGAAAAUGGACGGCUAAUUAAGGUGAAGAAUCAAUACAGAAUUGCACCAAAGUUGCUUUCUUUUAGUGCUGGGGAAGAACCAAAGUUGUUGCUUGAAUAUGGAGCUAAGAAGAAUCAUUUUCAAGCGGAGGGAAGCGGCGUUGUACUUCUUAAUAAAGCUGAGAUUGAUGCCGAGUUAGAGAAAAUGAGGAGCAUGAGCCCGGAGGAGGCUGCUGCAGCUGCUGCAAUAGCAGUUGCGGAGGCUGAAGCUGCGAUAGCAGAAGCUGAGGCGGCAGCGAGGGAAGCCGAGGAAGCCGAGGCCGAAGCAGAAGCCGCACAGUGUUUUGCUGAUGCUGCCCAGAAGGCAUUGAAUUGUCAAACUAUGCGGUGUCUGAACAUUUGAUAACAUGGAAGGCCAUCCUGUGGGGAGCUCAUCGUUUGCAAGCUUGUGUCUCUAUAUAUUGUAGAUAAGUUGCAGAUUUGUGACUCUAUGAAUUUUGCCAGUUUCAUCGGCUUGUUGUUUGUGUCCCAAACUCAUUUUCUUGCAAAACUCCUAUGACAAUAGAAUUGCAUUAUGCAGUGGUUAUUGAAUUUCAUUUUAAAGUUAAUGGAAAAAGAAAAUCAAAACCUAUGCAUUGUUUAGCAA